AUGCCUCAUUCGGAAGCUACGUCGCCGCAGCCUUCGGACAAGGUCAAGUCGCUCAAGGAGGACUGCGCGUCACCCAGCUCUUAUCUCGGCAUCAGUCAGGCCAUCUCCCCCAAAUCAACACCCAAAUGUACGUUCUGUUCUGCUUCGCUCUUUUCUUGAUGUUGCUGCUCUGGUGGUGGGGCGCAUGUUUUUGCUGGUAUUGCCUUCAUUCUUUAUCUUUCCUUUUUUCCUUUUCAAGAGCACCGGCGCAUCGCGUUCGUUGCAAGCUGUCUUCCGCCACCGAGGCGCUCUGAUAGACCAAUCAGUCAACCACUCCACAACUUUGAACACAUUUGGACCUUGCGCUCAUCAUGUCGUCCGCAGCUGUUUCUAUCGCGCCAUACGCCGAGACCAUCUCGCCUCUGAUCCUGGGACAGCAGAAGCCUGUCGACGAAUUGCAGCUUGGGAAUGAACGAACACCGAAAAGGCCAUCCAUCAGGAGUCCAAGGGCGCACCGACUAUCCGGGCGGCGCUCGAACAACUGCAGCCCAUACUUGAAGCCGACAACUCCUACUACGGAUGGAGCCGUUUCCUCUACACUUGACGAUGAUAGGGAAGCCGACGACCAGCACGACGAGCCCAGCCAUUUGGAUGCGUUGGUGGAGCAAGUCACCACCUGGAUCAAGGACAAGCGGGAGAAGCGAUUGCGCCGGAAAGCGAGGAGAUCCGCGGCACGUCAUGGUAAGAGCGAGCAGGAGACUGCAAAAUCUGCACCCAAUGAAGAAAAUCGACGGCGACGUGGUUCGGACUCCUCCGAUGGAUCCAUCGACCUGGAGAAGCUGGAACGGAUCCUCAAGGAUAACCUUAGCAUCAGAAGACCUUCCAUCCGGCAAGGCUCCACGACGCUAAGAAGCAGGCCGUCGAUCCGCAAACUGCUCCGCAAGCAGUCCACCGCCUCUGAUACCGAGGAAACCGAAUUCCAUGUGCCUGGUUGUGAUGCUUAUCUUGACAAUUCGAAGACUCUGGCAUACACAGGCGGCGCCUCGGAUUUUUCAGAUGACUCCGGUGCGGAGGACCUGACGAGGGUGCCUUCCUACCGCGACUUCGAUGCUUGGGCCCGGUUCAAAUUCGACAUCGUGCGCAUUGCUCAUACUCUGAGGCUCAAAGGUUGGCGCAAAGUGCCCAUGGAAAUGAGUGGCGCCAUCGAGGUGCAGCGUCUUAGCGGAGCUUUGACCAAUGCAGUCUAUGUCGUUUCGCCGCCUGCCGACCUGCCUACCCACAAGGACGAUGAAAAUGGGAACCUCGUGACGGCCAGAAAGGCACCGCCGAAGUUGCUCCUGCGUAUCUAUGGUCCGCAGGUAGAGCACCUUAUAGACCGCGAUGCCGAGCUCGCAAUAUUGCGACGCCUAGCCCGGCAGCGCAUUGGUCCGCGGCUACUGGGGACGUUUGCCAACGGCCGCUUCGAGGAAUACCUGCACGCCAAACCUCUCACGCCAGAAGAUCUCAGAGACCCGAGCACAAGCCGACAAAUCGCAAAGCGUAUGCGUGAGUUGCACGAGGGGAUCGAGCUUCUCGAUCAGGAACGUGAUGAUGGUGCUUUCGUGUGGCGCAAUUGGGACAAAUGGGUGAACCGAGUAGAAAAAAUCGUCACUUGGAUGGAUGCGCAAGUGAGGGCUUUAGAGCCGGGAACAAAGCCAACAGGCUCGAGGACUUGGCUUCGUCGUGGCUUCAUUUGUGGAGUGCCGUGGGAGUGCUUCAAGGAAGUUGUCGAGAAGUAUCGCAAGUGGCUGAGGGAGGAACAGUGUGGCGGCGUGGAGAAGCUGAGGGAACAGUUGGUGUUCGCACACAACGACACUCAGUAUGGCAACAUCCUCCGACUGGUGCCCACGGGAGAGUCUCCGCUGCUUCUCCCCGCGAACACGCACAAGCAACUCGUAGUCAUUGACUUCGAGUAUUCGAAUGCAAACACGCCAGGAUUGGAGUUCGCAAACCACUUUACUGAGUGGUGCUACAACUACCACGACGAGAAAAAGCCGUACGCAUUCAACGCCAGUCGGUAUCCUACGCCGGAGGAGCAAGACCGAUUUGUCCGCGCCUAUGUCCAGCAUCAUCCUCAGUUCAGUGCCGAAACUCCAAAGAUGGCCCCUUCAACGCCUUCCAUGACCGCCGCAGGCCCCGGGGGUCUCAAAAGAGCGACGACCAGUAUAUCGGACUUCAUGCUCGACGCACGCUCUCCGCGGGCAUCUUCAUCUCCGACUGUCAAGGAUGAUGCUGCUCAAAAGAUAGCAGAAGACGCCGAGGUUGAUCGUUUGAUGAACGAGACCAGAAUGUGGAGGCUGGCGAACACUGCCCAAUGGGUUGCUUGGGGACUUGUGCAGGCCAAAGUUCCUGGAAUGCCGUUGUUUGACGACACGCUCACCUCCGAUGCCUCUUCAGACACCGAACCAGAGGAUUUGCUUGGAGAGCGUGCCGAGGAGUAUAAACAACUGGCCAAACAGCAGCAGGGCGAGGAGGAAGAAGCACAGGAGGAGUUCGACUACCUGGGCUAUGCCCAGCACCGAGCACUGUUCUUCUGGGGCGACGCCAUCCGCAUGGGCUUCAUCAAAGCAGAGGAAUUGCCGGAGGAGACCAGGGAGAAGGUGAAGACGGUACCAUACUAG